AUGAUCACAUUACUACAGAGUACAGAUCUACACUGAGAAAGCCACCCAUACCUACUCCCCAAGCUCACCAAUCCAAUCCAUCUAUAAAUAACCCCAUUCCCCUCCCUUCACAAUUCGUGUCAACAACUCUCCUCUCAAUCCCCCCUUAUCUCCGGAUUGAAUUGGAAUUGCAUUCAGGAAUAACUUCACCCUCUCUUCUUAAAGAUCAAUGGCUUCUCAUAUUGUUGGUUACCCACGCAUGGGCCCCAAGAGGGAGCUCAAGUUUGCCCUAGAAUCUUUCUGGGAUAAGAAGAGCUCAGCUGAGGACUUGCAGAAGGUGGCUGCUGAUCUCAGAUCAUCCAUCUGGAAGCAGAUGUCUGAUGCUGGUAUCAAGUACAUCCCCAGCAACACUUUUGCAUAUUACGACCAGGUACUUGACACAACUGCAAUGCUUGGGGCUGUACCCCCUAGGUACAACUGGAAUGGGGGUGAAAUUGGUUUUGACACUUAUUUCUCCAUGGCUAGAGGAAAUGCCUCUGUUCCUGCUAUGGAGAUGACCAAAUGGUUUGACACCAACUACCAUUACAUUGUUCCUGAAUUGGGCCCUGAGGUGAAGUUCUCAUAUGCCUCACACAAAGCUGUAACCGAGUACAAUGAGGCUAAAGCGCUUGGAGUAGAUACUGUGCCAAUCCUUGUUGGACCAGUCAGCUAUUUGUUGCUAUCCAAACCUGCAAAGGGGGUUGAGAAAACCUUCAAUCUUCUCUCCCUUCUUGACAGCAUCCUACCAAUCUACAAGGAAGUUAUCUCUGAGCUGAAGGCAGCUGGUGCUUCAUGGAUUCAGUUUGAUGAGCCCACUCUCGUAAAGGAUCUUGAAGCUCAUCAGUUGGAAGCAUUUACUAAGGCCUACUCUGUCUUGGAGUCAUCUCUAUCUGGUCUUAAUGUCCUCAUUGAGACCUACUUUGCUGAUGUUCCUGCUGAGGCAUUCAAAACCCUUACUGCACUUAAGGGUGUUACAGCCUUUGGUUUUGAUUUGGUUCGUGGAGAAAAGACCCUUGAGCUGAUUAAGAGUAGUUUCCCUUCUGGGAAAUACCUGUUUGCUGGUGUUGUUGAUGGAAGGAACAUUUGGGCCAAUGAUCUUGCUUCAUCUCUCUCUACUCUGGAGUCGCUCGAGAAAAUUGUAGGAAAAGACAAGCUUGUUGUUUCUACCUCUUGCUCACUUCUUCACACUGCUGUUGAUCUUGUUAAUGAGACCAAGUUGGAUUCAGAAAUUAUAUCAUGGCUUGCAUUUGCUGCACAGAAAGUUGUUGAAGUGAAUGCCUUGGCCAAGGCUCUGUGUGGUAGCAAGGAUGAGGCAUUCUUCUCUGCUAAUGCGUCUGCUCAGGCUUCAAGAAAAGCCUCCCCAAGAGUGAACAAUGAGGCUGUCCAGAAGGCCGCUGCUGCUCUGAAAGGUUCUGAUCAUCGUCGUGCUACCAAUGUUAGUACCAGAUUGGAUGCUCAGCAGAAGAAACUUAACCUCCCAAUCCUCCCCACAACCACCAUUGGGUCUUUCCCUCAAACAAUUGAGCUUAGGAGAGUUCGCCGAGAGUACAAGGCUAAGAAGAUCUCCGAGGAAGACUAUGUCACUGCUAUCAAGGAGGAAAUUAGCAAGGUUGUCAAACUACAGGAAGAGCUCGACAUUGAUGUCCUAGUUCAUGGGGAGCCAGAGAGGAAUGAUAUGGUUGAGUACUUUGGAGAGCAAUUGUCUGGUUUCGCCUUCACUGCUAAUGGCUGGGUCCAAUCUUAUGGAUCUCGAUGUGUGAAGCCACCAAUUAUCUAUGGUGAUGUGAGCCGACCCAACCCAAUGACUGUGUUCUGGUCUUCUAUGGCCCAGAGCAUGACUAAGCGCCCAAUGAAGGGUAUGCUCACAGGACCUGUUACCAUUCUCAACUGGUCCUUCGUGCGCAAUGACCAGCCAAGAUUUGAGACUUGUUACCAGAUUGCUUUGGCUAUUAAGGAUGAAGUAGAGGACCUUGAGAAGGCAGGCAUCACUGUCAUCCAAAUUGACGAGGCUGCUCUAAGAGAGGGAUUGCCUCUUAGGAAAUCUGAGCAUGCUUUCUAUUUGGACUGGGCUGUCCAUUCAUUCAGAAUUACCAAUGUUGGAGUCCAAGAUACCACUCAGAUUCACACCCACAUGUGUUACUCGAAUUUUAAUGAUAUCAUCCACUCAAUCAUUGACAUGGAUGCUGAUGUGAUCACCAUUGAGAACUCCCGAUCAGAUGAGAAGCUCCUGUCCGUUUUCCGCGAAGGAGUCAAAUAUGGUGCUGGUAUUGGUCCUGGGGUGUAUGAUAUCCACUCCCCUAGAAUACCAUCAACAGAAGAGAUCGCAGACAGAAUUAACAAGAUGCUUGCAGUUCUUGAAACCAACAUCUUGUGGGUCAAUCCUGAUUGUGGGCUCAAGACUAGGAAGUAUGCUGAAGUGAACCCAGCUCUGAAGGCCAUGGUGGAUGCAGCCAAAUCCCUCCGUGCCAAGCUUGCCAGUGCCAAGUAAAAGAAGUAUUAAUGGGUCACACAAAUUUGAAUACUUUUAUACAUUGUUUCUUAUGCCACCCGCAAAACUGUAAUAUCUUCUUAAAAUGUUGUUUUUAUGUUGGCGAUGAAAUCAGUUGUUAGGUGUAUUCCCGGGGGCACAUUUUGCCUACUCCCAGUGUUGUUGGUUUAAGCCUUUUAUUUUGAAAAAAGAAGAGAAGAGAAGAAAGAGUGUCUGUCUUCUAUCUUGAAAGCUAUAAACUUUUGAGUUUACCUUAA